UAGGAGUCCAAAUUUAUGCUUUAUGUCCGUCGACCUCUCACCAUCUUUCCCUUGACGUUAAGAUUCUCUUUACGUGAUUUGUCGACUCAUUUUAACUUACCACACUAUGAUCACCACCAUCUCCACGCAUAAUUCCCUUGUUGGCUUCAUCCUCAAGCAACUUCCCAAAAAUCAAUGGCUAGCCUUAAUUAAUUUCCAUGAUAAGCCAAAAUACCCAAACCCAAAAGUAACCUAACCUCCUACAUUAAUCAUCUAUUUUGAUUCGAUUCCCCUAACAUUAUUGAACCCAAAACGUUCCAAGAAUCAUGCACCUUUCAUUUUAAUUUAAAUAUAUAAGGGACCAAAACUUCAUCCGGCUCCCCCCACCAAACCAUGAAAUACAUUGAAAUUCCACAUUUCAGCCAUCCCCAACACAAGCUCAAAUUCGAGUACACCGAAAUCCCUUUCAAAUGCGACGGUUGCAAAGAAGUCGGAAUCGGCUCCCGGUACAAAUGCAACACUUGCGACUACGAUCUCCACAUGCACUGUGGGAUCCCGUCGGCUACAAUCACCCACCCUUUUUACACCAAGUGUUCGUUCCAAUUCCUGGCUCGGCCGCCGGGAAAUAUUCCGCGCUACUGCAACGCCUGCGAGAAAGACAUAACCGGGUUCCUUUACCAUUGCAAGUCUUGCGGGUUUGAUCUCCACCCGUGUUGCGCCAAGCUCCCGAUGAUGCUGGACGACGGCGAGGUGAAGCUGUUUUUGUACCGGAAAGUUAGCGCGGCGUGCCACCGGUGUGGCCGGAAAGGGAGGAGCUGGAGCUAUAGAUCCACUUGCAAGAAGUAUAAUUUGCAUGUGGCGUGUGUGAAGGAGAUGCUUGUGGAAAGUUGGCAUGAAAUUUACUUCGGAAGUAACCAUGGUAAAAAUGGAGGAUGCGGUAAUAAUAAUGGUAAUAAAAGUUUGGAAACGAGAAUCCCAAGUUUGAAGGGUACGUUGCAGAGUUACCACCGUAAAAGCAGUAAAGGUAAAGUCCAGAAAUGUUGUGAAAUGGCUGGGUUGGCUUUGCAAUUUGUUAUCUCCGCGGUUCUUGGAGAUCCUACUACUCUGAUCGCUGGAGUUGUCGGUUCACUCAUGUCUAAAUGAUAUUAGUAACUUGUUUGAUAUGUUUUUAAUGGUGAAAAAAUAAUCGUAGCUAUAUAUUUAUCAGAAAAGUUAGUUGAUGUAUAUUGUAUUUGUGCUCUUUUUUUUUUUUUUUUCCAUGUAUUCAGCCAGUGGCUAAUUAAUCAUUCUAGUAUUAAUUAAAUUCAAUAUUUAUGUUCGUACGUAC